CUCGAUCCAGCCUACGAGGUUAUCUGUCAUAUUGUGCUGGCGCUUUCUACAUCAACGUUACGCAUGCGCUUUCUACCAACGUUACGCAUGCGCGACCGCCAUAUUACAUAGUUUUCGGGGACACAUUUUAUGUACAAAAUCAGUAGGAGUUAGCGAUCUAGUUAUAGUAUAGAUAUCUGUGUGCAGAAUUCACACUGGAUCCGAUUAGCUGCGUGCAGUCUGCACUAGGCUUAAGAGUAAAAGUCACUAAAUGAUUGUGUGCUAUUGGUUGUUUUAGUUACUAGUUUUUCUAGCAGCGCUCAAUGUUUGCAUCACUGCGCACGGAUAUCGCACAUCGCUGUCAGCCACUGUGGCGGACGACGACUGACGACGGCGACUCGCGCGAGCGUAAUAGGCGUCUGUUAUCGACGCGCGUCCACCGUGGUCCACCGUGAGUCCCGUCGGUCUCUCCACCUCUUCUCGCACACGAGGCGACGCGCGGCGAAGGACAAGCGGUGUCGCGACCGGGCGUUCGUAGAGGAGAGAAAACGAAAAGCCAGAGUGCCGAGAGUAAUGCGCGACCUCGGCAGGACGAGAGUAUGAACGGUGUGCCGGAAUAACCGGGAUACGUUUUCAACCCCGGUGUGUCUCGCGUGACGUCGAUGUUGAACGGCUGAGCGGGACUCGAUCCGCGAGCGUGUCGGACACGGCGAGUGGAGACGUCGAGGGAUGAGAGGAGGACGAAGCCCAGUUUUGAGAUAGAAGAUGAAUUUGACCAGCGUCACCAGCGACGAUAACGCUUACAGCAGACGAUGAGUAGUACACACCGGAGGCCGAUAAGACGCGUUUACCCGAGGUACACUAUCAGUGGGACCUGGAAGCGACCCCGACGAGCAGGAGAGCUGCGCGUUGAAAGGGAUGUUGGAAUGGGAUCACGCAUGAUUUGUGCAUCGUCGAGAAAUUGUAGACCAGCGAUGGAUCUCUGAGUCCGCUACAGUGACUUCCUGAUGCACUUCUGGAUCAACAAACCGGCGGGCAGGUACUACGGCUUCACCAGCCGCCGAUACCCUGCCACACCUGUGCCACCUAAAUCACACAGCCAAUGUCGGUGCAGCGGUGAACUUAGGCAAAUGGUGACUCCGGUGCAUCGAUUCCAAGGCCUCGCAAGUAACCUCGCAGCCGGAAACGCAUCGCCAGCGGGACCUAGUAAUGUCAAUAAUUCCUGCCGCAGCGUCGUUGCUCGUUCAACGACACAGUCUGCGCGAAUCUAUAACAACGAGAACCAUCAGCACGGUUCGUCGUCGCUCAGCGCCGCCCAACUCGCCCAGCUGAACAACAUCCCCAACAAUGUCACCGAUACCAGCAACAAUCAGCUGAUUCUGUCUAAUACGACCGGCGCGAACGGUACAGAGCGGAACAGAAGCCUACUAACGAGGAGCGUCUUCGAAUUGCAGGAGGCCGACCUGGCCGGCCACCGACUGCGUUGUGGCAUCUGGUCCACAUUUGCUCUGAUAACGAUCUUCGUGGCGGCCGCUAAAUUCUACUUUGGUUAUCGGGGACCUGGCCUGGAGAUACUAGUGUUUUGCGGGCUACUAAUAUUGCUGGUGUCCGCUUGUAUAUACUCGGUCUUCUACAAGUACUAUCGUGAGAGCCAAUACUACUAUAACGGUCGGCCGGAGCAUAACGCUCGUAUGCAGGAGGAUCACAUUGCCGCCCUGACGAACGCGUCCAACAUCAGCGACAGCGUUGUCAAUAGAGCGACGGCGACAGUGCCGUUGACGACGACCACGACGACGACGACCACGACGACGACGGUGAGGCAGAAUCCGCCUCCGCCGCCUUAUCACAUCGCUAUUCUGAUACCACCGCCGUCACCACCGCCACUCGCGCCCUCGGACGAGGCGCCGCCACCCUCUUACGACAAGGUCGUGCGAUGAAAUCGCCAUAAAACCGAACCAGAACAGCUCGUCUAAGAAAUCUUCCUUCAAUAUUUUAGUGUCCGCUACGCAAGACAGCGCAAAUCAAUUCUCUAGGUUUAAGCAACGUUCACGUCUGUGAUAAGAGCGCAAUGAUGAUAACACAUCGACAACACAUCAGGGGUUCAGUUUAUGGAAAGAUUCACGCGGCGAUAUUUUUUAGUGGGCAUUACGGAGAGAGCCGCGCUCCGCCAAUGAAUUUCCGUUUUUUGAUGCGGGUAAACUGUAUUCUAAUCUUUUUAUACUUUACUAUGAAACUGUGUGAUAUAUUUAACUUACAAUUAGGUUUAGCCACAACUCGGCGCGCAGCUGGAUACUUGGUCGAGACAUUUGUUCAUUUUCCCGGUUAGGAGACUUCCGCGAAGCGACCGCUCGCUCAUUCGAGCGCGGUACUUCGAUAUGUAUAAUUCCAAGAAUUUACUGACUUAUGUUCGAUUACUUAAUUCCCAAGUCUUAAGAGACUUAAAUUUCUUAAGUCUUUAUGACCUUGUAGAAUGAUAUAUGUAUAAAAACGACUCUUGUUACAUACACACAUACAUACAUACACAUAUGUGCAGAAGUGCUCGCGGUAAGAAAGAAAAUAAACGCACGAGUUCGAACGUGCAAUUUGAGCCUGGGUGUCAAAUUUGUAAAACUGUGUGCAUGGCUCGUUCGCCACUUAACGAUAAGUUGGUAACGGUAGGCGCGUUUGGCGAACAGUUUCAGUUGUUUAGUAACUUUCUGUCCGCUAAACGCGCUCGUUACCAAAUAUCAUAUAUACGAUAUACAUUGCGUGCUUUGCGACAUAGGAGCACGUGCAUUUCAUGAUAGUUUACGUGUAAUGUUAGCAAGCAAGUUGUCAUGUGAAGUGCAACAUGAUUUUGUAUUUCUCUUUCCAUGAAUGCAUGCGUGAGAAAGAGAGAGAGAGAGAGGGUGUGUGUGUGUGCGUACACACAUGUAAAGUAUCAUUUGUGUUAUAACUCUAUAUAUUUAAAGACAACUACAUAUAAUACAUACUGAUGUGAGAUCCUAUUUGGAUGUUCUUCGUAACUAUAAGUCGCAGGUGUACCGUGAUGUACAAAACUCAUCGUCAUUUCUAACUGCACUUACAAUCUUGUUCUCAUUUCAAAGAUGUAAGGAGCAAAACUCGAAUUACUCUUUUACUAUAUAUAUAUAUAUCUAUCUCUCUUUUUUAUAUGUCUUUUAUGUCACGAUAAAUUAUCGAUUUCUUCAAGAAACACUGCAAAAGACUAAACGGAAAAUAUGGCAUUAGAGAAUAUGAAUUUUGCUUCUGUACUUCAUUGGUUUCUUCUUUCUACGCAAGGCCUGAGCGAACAUUUAUUUUGUAUCAUAAAAAGUCUAAGAGGGUGCAGUUCUAAGAAGAGCAGAAGUAUCUAAAGUCCGUUUUUCCUACGUUACAGUUUUAAAAAAAUCGCAGUUGAUUCGCCGCACACAACGUCGUCAUUCGUAAAAAGCAUUUUCGUCGGGUCCGUUUUUAUUUACACUCUUAAAAAUGAACUCGCACUUGUAAGACAAAAAGAAGAAAGGCCACGUGGUGUUGCGGUGAGUUUAAUAAAAGCGGACCCAGAAGUUCUCUUGUGGUACAGAUUCAGUACCUUUCGCGAAAGUGUGAAACGGUUUCCACGUAUAAAUAAGCAUUUAAGUGUUACUUCAGUUUACAGCUGUACGCGAAAUAUAUAACAGUUAGGUGCAAAAGCGGACAAAAUCAUCUUCCGAAAAGCGCAGCUACAUAUCGCGAAAGAUGGAUUCUCUAGCUCUGAUAACGAUCUACGAUAUCGCCGGUCUUAAUGAAACAAUAAUCGAAUGUCCUUUUUUCGUAAAAAUAAUUAUGCGAUAAAUUUAGUUUUUUCUAUUUAGGGAGAUUCAUUAAAACGAUAGAAAUCAAAACUGUAAAAUAUGAAUCGUAAUUGACGACAGUAAAAGUGUACAUAAAAAAUGCGAAGAAAUGUAUAAGUAAAGUUUAAAAUAUAUUAUUUUAUUUAUAGUCGGUUCUUGUCGUCUAUUAAAUUAAUUUCAUUGACAGAUUUUUCCUUAAGAUCGACGAUAUAUCUUUUCCAUUUACUGACAGUAUAUUACUAUGUUACAAACGAGAUUACAGUCUUCGGGAUACAAUAAUUGUUAUAAUAAAUCAGUGGCCGAUUGCAAACGAUA